AUGAGAACUGACAACCAGAGCUUCUUGGGAGAUCCUCCCAGGGACUUCAUCCUUCUGGGUAUUUCUGGCAGGCCAUGGCUGGAACUCCCUCUCUUUGUGGUCCUCCUGGUGUCCUAUGUUCUUGCCAUGUUGGGAAAUAUUGCCAUCAUCUUGGUGUCCCGGCUGGAUCCCCAGCUCCACAGCCCCAUGUACAUCUUCCUCAGUCACCUCUCCUUCCUGGACCUCUGCUAUACCACCACCACGGUCCCUCAGAUGCUGGUAAACAUGGGCAGCUCCAGGAAGACCAUCAGCUACAGUGGCUGCACAGUGCAGUACGCGGUUUUCCACUGGUUGGGAUGUACUGAAUGCAUUGUUUUGGCUGCCAUGGCCCUGGACCGCUAUGUGGCCAUCUGUGAGCCCCUGCGGUAUGCCCUUAUUAUGCACCGCCCUCUCUGUCAGCAGCUCAUGGCUGUGGCCUGGCUAAGUGGCUUUGGCAACUCUCUAGUUCAAGUAGUCUUGACAGUGCAAUUGCCUUUCUGUGGGCGUCAAGUGCUAAACAACUUCUUCUGUGAGGUGCCGGCUAUGAUCAAGCUGUCAUGUGCUGACACAGCUGUGAAUGAUGCCACACUGGCUGUGCUGGUGGCCUUCUUUGUGCUGGUCCCCCUAGCUCUCAUCCUUUUGUCCUACAGCUUCAUUGUCCGCGCAGUGCUCAGGAUCCAGUCCUCAAAGGGACGUCACAAGGCCUUUGGAACCUGUUCCUCCCACCUGGUGGUGGUCUCCCUCUUCUACCUUCCUGCCAUUUAUAUGUACCUACAGCCCCCUUCCAACUACUCCCAAGAACAAGGCAAGUUUAUCUCCCUCUUCUAUUCCAUAAUCACUCCCACCCUCAAUCCCUUCAUCUACACCCUGAGGAAUAAGGAUGUGAAGGCAGCUCUGAGAAAACUCCUGGCAAGAAUGUGGAGGCUCUACAGAAGAUGA